GGAGGGGAGAGACCCCGAGAACCCGCUGGGGGCUGGAGACAGGAGCCAGCAUGAGCCGGGGGUCCAGGUCAGGGGCGCGAGGGCAGCAGGAGAACGUCCCCUCCCAGCUCCUCCGGGAUCAUGAAAACCAGCAGGUGUUUGAGCUCCUGGGCCGGAAAUGCACGACCCUGGCCACGUCGGUGGCCCAGCUGUACCAGGCCAUGCCCCCCAACAGCCAGGUGUGGGGUAAGCAGGGCUGCGGGGUCCUGUGCCUGGUCAAGGACAACCCCCGGCGCUCCUACUUCAUCCGCCUCUUCGAUCUCAAGGAGAGGAGGCUCACAUGGGAGCUGGAGCUCUCCAGCCAGUUGGUCUAUUCUGCCGUCACCCCCUAUUUCCACACCUUCCCCGGGGACGAAUGCCAGGCCGGGCUGAACUUUGCGGACGAGGCUGAGGCCCGCGACUUCUAUGCGCUGGUGGAGGAGAAGGUCCAGAAGCGACAGCAGCGGAUGGAGAAACGGCAGCUCCCCCCGCCUCCUCCCCCGGUCAAUGAAGAGCGACGGGCGAUGACGCUGCCCCGAUCCCCAAUGCCCGGGGGAGACAUGAAUGGUCCCAGCAAACAGCCGAAUUCCCCCUCCGGCUCCUUGAACCUGGUGACGAUGGACAUCCAGAACCCGGACAUCACCUCGUCCCGGUACCGGGGGCUGCCGGUGCCCACGGCCACUGAGAAGAAGAAGGGCAAGAAAAAGAUCUCCAAGGCCGACAUCGGCGCCCCAAGCGGAUUCAAGCAUGUCACCCACGUCGGAUGGGACCCCAACACCGGCUUUGAC